AUCUGGGCACAACAUUUGGGGGCUCGUCCAGGAUCCCCAAGACCCUCAGGAUUCCCAUACUGGAGGGUUGACGCUGGCUGGUGAGUGUUUCUGUGUUUGUAAAGUCUGGGGCCCAUUUUCUGGGAAGGUCGGCAAAUGGUCUAGGCGGACGCGCCAUGAGGGCCGCUGACCUGGGAUCCUGGAAGACGUUCCGGGAUCCUUCUGGAGGGGGCAAAGUGCCCCAUGAGUAUGAGUCUGUGGGACUCCUAGGGGGAUGGUGCGGGUCGCUCCUGCGCUACGGCGUGAGGCCGCCAUCCCAUGCUUUUUUGCUUUUCUGUUGUGUCUGUCUACUGUGUUGACUUGGACUGAGAUGAUGGGACAGACUGUGACUACCCCCCUUUCCUUGUUAACAGGUCAUUUCGGGGAAGUUAGAAAGCGAGCACAUAAUUUGAAUUUAGAAAUUAAAAAGAGAAAGUUAAUCACCCUUUGCAGAUCAGAAUGGCCAACUUUUAAGGUAAACUGGCCACCAGAGGGUACAUUUGACCUAGAAACAGUCAAAAGAGUUAGAGAAGUUGGUUUUUGUCCCCGAAUGGGACACCCUGACCAGGAACCAUACAUCGUUAUCUGGGAAGACCUGGUGCAGAACCCUCCCUCUUGGAUCAAGCCCUUUUUGCCUCCACAGAAACAGCCACCUGCAGCAGUCCUAGCAGUGCAUAAGAGAACCACCAGAAGAGACUGCCAAAGAAGAGAGAUCGACUCCAAAGCCACGGCACCGCUAUACCCAGUUCUCCAAGGAGGAACUGAGGAAGAUCUCCUUUUUCCCCCUCUCUACUGCCCGCACCCUGCUCCUCCACUCCCUCCGCCCACCCUGGGGGCAGAGGGAAGAGCUCCCACAGGGUCGGCUAUCAGGGCGGAGGGAGGAGCCCUGGCGGGGGAGGAGGGAAGAGCCCCAAUGGCGGCAGAAGGAAGAGCCCUGACGAUAGCUGGGGAGGAAAUACAUACCCGGGCGGGCAUUGCUAGAGGGGAUGGCCCUGCCCCAAACACCCGCAGCCUCCACACAGCCUCACCAGUGGUGGGGCCGACGGAUUCCACUGUCCUCCCAUUGAGGGCAACUGGACCCCCUGAUGAGCAUGGCAAUCAGCCUCUCCAGUACUGGCCCUUUGCCACUAGUGACCUUUAUAAUUGGCGCACACAACACGCCAAGUUUUCUGACAAUCCCAGGGAUCUAAUUCAACUGUUGGAGACUGUUUUGUUCACCCACCAGCCCACCUGAGAUGACUGUCAACAGCUCCUCCAGAUCCUGUUCAUGACAGAGGAACGUGAAAGGAUUCAGAACGAGGCCAGGAAAUUGGUUCCUGGCAACAGUGGUCAACCCACCCUCAAUGUUGACACUAUCAACACUUCUUUUCCUUUGUCCCGGCCCGACUGGGACUUCAACAUGGCAGAAGGUAUUAGAAAACAGCUAUGUUUGAAUACCUUGAUCAUCUUAUUUAAGCCUGGUGUAUUAAGACUGAAUCCCAAAGCCCACAGUCCAUGAGCAUACAGGAAACAAACAGUGAUAGAAGCUUGCUCUGAGAAUCUAGAAGUAUUCUCCAGUGACUAAAGUCCAAACAGAGAGAGUGGAGUCUCAUGUGACUGCCUUCCCCACGGAAAGCAGUUCCCAUGGGUGCUGGAUCAUCUUUUCUCUGAAUGUUUGUCCUGCUGAGCUUCUCUUUGAUGACAGACUGCCAUAGCUAUUUAUCAGUCUUCCAGUGUUACCCCCACUGGUGAUAAUGAAUAUAUCCCUUCUGAGCUCUCAACCGCAUUUAUCCUUUAAAAUAUAUGAUUCUUUCUCUUUGGAUUAUCCCUUGUGUACAGGAAUAAUGUUCAAUUUACAUCAGCAUCACUUCUGUUGACAUUCCACUGACUUAUGGAUUUAUGGGUAAAUGGAUGGGUGGACGGAAGGAUGGAUGGGGGUAGGAAGAAUUGAUGGAGUAGGUCAAUACAUGAAUUAUUGACAAGUUGAAUGGACAUAGGGCUAAAAAGGAAAAGAACAACUAAAAGGUGAUGGAAGAUUUUUGUUUUUGUAGGACUAGGUGAAGGAGUACAGAUAGAUUUAGACUGGAUGACUCAUAAUCAUGAUGGAUUGAAAA